AUGGCUGAACCAAGGCAGCGCACUUUGUCUACAUCAGGAGUAGCACUCUAUGAACUUCUGGGUCUCGAGAAGGGUGCAUCCCAUGACGAAAUCAAGAAGUGUUACAGAAAGUUGGCUCUGAAAUAUCAUCCUGACAAGAACCCUGAUAACCCAGAAGCUUCUGAGAAAUUUAAAGAAAUCAACAAUGCUCAUGCAAUAUUAACGGAUGUUACCAAAAGAAACAUAUAUGACCAGUAUGGAUCUCUAGGACUGUACAUCGCAGAACAAUUUGGUGAAGAAAAUGUCAAUACGUACUUUAUGCUCUCUAGCUGGUGGGCAAAGGGCCUGUUUGUUCUUUGUGGCCUUUUGACUGGCUGCUACUUUUGCUGCUGCCUGUGCUGCUGCUUCAACUGCUGCUGUGGGAAAUGCAAGCCUAAACCAUCUGAAGAAGACCAAGAAUACUGCCUGUCUCCUGAAGAUCUGGAAGAACAAAUUAAGAGUGACAUGGAAAGAGAUGGGGAAACUCCCAUUAUGCUACAGCCAACAAAUGCAACAGAGAAGACCCAGCUUAUUGGAGACAGUCGCCGCAGCUAUCGCACAGAAUCAUAAACCUGUUAUCA